CUUUUACGUCGUCUUCACUCGUUCUGAUCGCGAAGAAGAGAAGGGGAAAGCCAUGAACGAGGCUAAGAAGAAGAAGAAGUUAGAUACCUCCAUUGGUGUACCUAACGAUGGUUCGAUAUCAGCUCUAGCGGCAGUUUUCGUUUAUUUGAUUACUGGAUUGUUUCUGGCCGUCGGAUUCUGGGUGGCCCGGAACAAAUUCUCCGCGGAUCUCGUCUCUGAUCCACCUCUCACUAUGUUUCUACUCUGGAGUAUUGAGUUUCCGGUUGUAGUAAUCAUCUUCAGCCUUUUACGGAAUGCCCCAGAGAAAUGUUCGUGUUUUAGAGCUAUUGGGCGAAGCAUAUUAGGACUCAUUUCUGGCGCUUUUCUGAAUGCUUUGGGAGCAAUUUCUUUGGGCGCACCUAUUGGAAUGCAAUAUCUACUAAGAACAGUUCACUGGUCCUUUCUAAUGUCUGUUUUCACGUUUGUACCAGCCACUGCAGUUUUUGGUGCGUCAUGGACAGAUUGGCAUCGUGUAUUCGCUUCGAUGAAACCAAGUGGAAAUGUAGAAUAUAUGAUCUUUAUUCCAGCUUAUGGAGCAAUUAUUGGAGGAUGGUUUGGAGCUUGGCCCAUGCCGCUCGACUGGGAAAGGCCAUGGCAGGAGUGGCCUAUAUGUGUGUGUUAUGGAGCUAUAGGAGGCUACAUUGUUGGACAAAUUGUCUCCUUGAUUUUGAUGUUUUUCCUCAGGAAAGACAAGCAUUUGAAGGUAGCCUAGAAUAGACUGAUGGUGUCUAGACAUGCAGGAUGAGUUUCGGUUUGUUUUGACUUGAUUGCUAGAUUGAGAGGUUACAAUAGGGCAAUGUUUUUGUUAGCUUGAACAGAAGUUUUGUACCUUUUUUUCACAUAGAAUCAAGCAAUUGUUUAUGUGUUCAAAAAAAAAAAUCAAGCAAUUGUUUCAGAAUUAAAUAAUUCUUUAAGUGAA